CCUCUGGUCCUUUGGAAACUGGUUCUCGUUGAAAUUUGAUACAUUUGUCAAGUCGACACCAGUCGAGACUCCCCACAUCGGUUCACAAUGCUGUUCCAAACAUUCGCCGUUGCGAUCGCCUUCGCCGCCCACACGUUGGCGGCCCUGCCCGGCAACGGCCUCCAGGGUCGGACUUGUCAAAAUCCUCAAUCCAACGACGACAAAUCCAUCUGCAAGGCUGCGAGCUGCUACUGGACACAACUGCGUUCAUAUGCCACACAGAAGCCGUACGGCUGCUGCUGCCCUCCAGGCCACGUUUUGGACUUCGACACCGGUUGCGACCACAACCACGGCCGUGCGGGACCCCACAGUGGGUGUUAGAUUCAGUUGCGCUUCCAUCAGGCCGAACGCAUAUUGGCUCGAACGCGCCCGUUCAGGAUUCUGUUCAGGAGAUCAUCAAGCUCCGCCCGUCAAGUCAGCACCGAAGAGCUAUCGCAGCGCGUAUCGGUGGAGCAGUGUCUUCGAGGUGAUGGAAGUGGGACGAGGCUUUUGGACGGAAGUGGUAUGAGGCUUCUUGGUCAAAGGUUGAGGCGGAGGAAUUGAAGUCUUUGGUUCAUUUGUUGUAUCGUGGAGAGAUCUGGGAAUUGUCUUGUCGCAUCUCGACUCUUGCUG